AUGCCAUCUCAACUUUUUCUUUGGCAGGCUGGAGCAUUUUUAGGUUUUUCAGGAAUUGCAUUAGGUGCUUACGGUUCUCAUGGUCUUCAAAAACAUAUAACUGAUCAAACAAGAAUAAAGAAUUGGCAAAUAGCAACAAAUUAUCAAAUUAUGAAUUCCGUAGCAUUAUUAGUUUUAUCAAGUGUAAAUAAUCCAAAAACAGGAAAACCAGCUAUAUUAGCAGGUUGCUUGAUUUUAGCUGGAACCACUAUGUUUAGUGGAACUAUAUAUUUAUUAGUUUUGAAUAAACUUAGAUUUAAAUUUUUAGGUCCUGUUACUCCUAUUGGAGCUUUAAUUAUGCUUGCUGGUUGGGGUUCUCUUUUAUUAUAA